AUGGAGAUUUUCUCAACAGUUAAUAUCCUUAACUUAUUAACAAUACAAGAAAUAAUACAAUUACGAUUAGUUAAUAAAUCAUAUAAUAAAUUAAUAAAGGAAUACGGAUAUAAAUUAUAUUUUACUAAUCAAAAAUGGAAUAUAAUAAUAUCCGAUCCUAUCAUAGAGAAACGAAAUUCAUCGUCCCUUUCAGCCGAUAAUUGGCAGCAAAGAGUUUCAUUCGGAUAUAUUACGCAACAAAAUUGGAAGAAGAAAAAAUUUUCUUCAACAAUUAUAACAAAAUACCAUGGUCAAUCAUUAAUUCCAAAAUUGAAAUUUGAUAAAGAAAAGUUAUUAUGUUGCGUAGAAAAUUUCAUUGAAAUAUAUUACUUUAAUAAAAAUUCAUAUUCGGAUUUUAAUCAUAGGAAAAAGAGGUUCAUCGCACAUAAUAACGAUGUAACCGAUAUAUUACUAAGCGGAGGGAAUGAUGAAAUAUAUACAAGUUCCGUGGAUUCAACUAUCAAAAAGUGGAAUUUGAAAAAAUUAAGAAAUAAUAUUAAUUAUCGACAAGAUUAUUAUAAUCGACAAUGUAAUUUAACACCAAGAAAGACAUUUAAAGGACAUAAGAAUUCAGUACAAUCGAUUUAUAUGUUUACAAAUGAUCCAUUAAAUUUAUAUUCAAUAAGUUUUGAUGAAACUUUGAGAAUAUGGAAUACCGAAACAACUCAAAGUCGGCUGGAAAUUCAAUUACCUGGUAGACCGAAGGUUAUUCGUGGAUUGUCAUCAAAUAAUAAUUUAAUUGGUGUUGGAAAUAGAAGUAAAGAACAUCUUACUUUAUAUUACGUUACACCAAAUGAUAUGAUUAAAUCUACGGAAAUAAAGGAACAUCAAAGUACCGUUUAUGAUUUGGCUUCAAAUCAAAAUUUACCAAACACUUUUGUAACCGGAUGUUAUGAUGGUGUCUGUAGAUUAUUUGAUGUUAGAACUAUGCAAUGCGUUGCUUCUUAUAGAGAUCCUUACGAUUAUCAUCCAGUAUUUUCUGUGGAUUAUGAUGCCUAUAGGAUUGCAGCCGGUGCUUCAAGGAAUGGUUUAAUUAGAAUUUUUGAUUUACGUUAUAAUAAAAAUCAUUAUGAUAUUCAUCAAGGAGUAAAGAAAGGUGUAAGAAAUAAUGAUGGUUGGUCACUUUACCUUGGAAAUAAUCGUUCUCCUGUUUAUUCAUUACAGAUGGAUCAUUCAAAAAUAUUUGCAACAUUAUCAAAUUUGACGUGGAUGUUGGAUUUUUCCAAAAAUAUUAAUAAGCAUCACCGUCAACACCAUCAUAAAAUGAAUGAUGUUUCUUGUCUACAUUAUACCCAUGCAAAAAAAUGGCUGGGACUGGGAUAA